AUGGACAGAUUUAUAACGAAGCGAAAACGUAGCCCUCCUGAUAAUAACAGCUCUCAAAAUAGUAACCAGACUACUAAACAGAAAUGUUUAAGUCCUAGCAUACCUGGCCCUUCAUGUACUGACGCACUAACAAAACCUACCCAGCCACAAGAAUCAAAUCAUUCCAACGGUUUCAGUCUGCUAGACAAAUCAAAUCCAUCUUACAAAAAAAAACCACAAGCCUUUCUUGAUACUUGUAACGAAAAUGAAGGAAUCCAGAUAGCAACAAGUAAUGACGAGCAUAAAAAAAUUAUUCCAACCAAAUCUAAAAAAGCAUCGGAUAAGACUGAAAAACAUUUAUAUGUUUUUAGCGAGAAAUGGUUGGAAAUUAAAGAACUCUCAGAGUGGCUAGUUUCAGACACAGUUAAAGGCACAAUCAGUGCAAAAUGCAAAUACUGUCAAACUACGUUACCCAACCACAAGCCGCACUUGAUACGGCACUCUGAAACUGAUAAACACAAAUCAAUAAUGAAAGCGAUUAAAUCCACAUCAAAUAUUAAAGAAUCAUUAAAACCAUCAGAUGAAGAUCUCUCAGCAAAAAGAGGUGAACUUAAAAUUGCUGCAAUGCUGGCUACAAAUAAUUUACCAUUCCUCUUAUCAGACACUCUAGUUAGCUUAAUAGCGGACAUUUGCCCUGAUUCGAAAAUUGCUCAGAAGAUGAAGAUGGGUCGUACGAAAGCAACAGCAGUUGUAACACAAAUUUUAGGGCCCAGUCUUCGAAGUACUUUGCAUGAUUAUUUAAAACAACUCGGUAAUUUCUUUUGCCUAAUAAUGGAUGAAACAACUGAUGUUGGAACAAAAAAACAAUGUGCGAUGACAGUAAUAUAUUGUAACAAAGAAUUAAAAAUAGAAACAGAAUUCUUCGAUUUGCUGGAAAUGGCUUCAGGUACGGCUGAUGACUUGUAUAACGCAUUAAUACAGAGCGUUGAAACUAAAAAAAUCCCACUAGAAAACUUAGUGGGAUUUUCUUCAGACACGACGAACGUAAUGGUGGGUGAAUAUAAUUCUGUGUUCGCCAAAUUGAAAGAAAGACUUCCUAAUAUAGUGUGUGUCCGCUGCUCUUGCCAUAUGAUUCAUUUGGCUGCCUCUAAGGCUUGUCUAAAACUGCCAAAAUCAGUAGAAGAUAUGUUACGGAACAUUGGUUCCCAUUUCAACUGCAGCCACAAUCGACAACAGAAGCUUGCAGAAAUGCAACGCUUCUACCAAACAGAAAUUCAUCAGAUUCUUUUGCCGGCAACAACUCGGUGGCUUUCUUUGAAGGCAUGUGUCAACCGAACGCUGGAACAGUAUCCUGCCCUGGAAGCCUAUUUCAGACUUGAAAUCGUGGAAGAUCCAUCCAGAAUAACUGAAAGUAUCAUUUCCAGUUUGCGUAACCAGUUUACAAAAUUUUAUCUCGAGUUCAUGGCAUAUGUGCUAGACCUGUUAAAUGACUUCAAUAUUACUUUUCAGUCUGAAUCGCCAUUACUUCAUAAACUGAAACCAGCCGUAGAAGGGCUCAUCCGCACCAUUGCAAGUAACUUCAUUGAUUUACAUCACGUCAAAAACACGCCUCCUCUAGAGAUCGAACAUAAAAACCCAAGGUUGUACUUGCCUUUGGAAAAUUUGUACCUUGGUGUUCUUGUGAACUCAAGCCUCAACGAGGUUGAAAAUGAGGUUAGAAUAGAGGACCUGGAAAGAUUCAAACUAGAUUGCCUGGCAUUUUAUGUUGAAGUUAUAGAACAAAUAAAACAAAGAUUUAUAUUUACAGACCCAAUUUAUGACAUAAUCCAAAUAGUCCAACCAAAAAUUAUGAAAUCCUUUGAUCCACAAAUGAUAAAUUCAAUUUUAAACAGAUUUCCUUUUUUAGCCCCCACAUAUCUGAAUAAAAAUGCAUUAAUAAACGAAUGGCGGGAGUACUGUUUAUUAGAUCUGACAAGUUUGGACGACAGUAUAUCGAUUCAAAUGAAUGCUGCUGAUUUUUGGACAAAAGUGUUUAAAUUAAAAGACAUUGGUGGCACAGAAAAAUUCAAAAAUUUAAAAAUUCUGAUAGUAUUUCUAUUAAUUUUGCCUUUUUCUAAUGCCUCAGUGGAAAGAGUAUUUAGCAAACUAAAGCUGAUAAAGACUGAACAUCGGAAUCGCCUCAAUACCGAAACUAUUGCCGCAUUAAUGGCUACUAGUUCAUCUAUACAACAACAAGGUGGUAUAAAAAAUUUUGAACCCAGCACUUUUAUGUUAAAUAAGAAGAUACAGUACUCAAAUUAAUGUGAUUUAGUAGUGAAGUGAUACAACAUGAAAUUACCUCUUUUGUAAACUUUAAAAACUCAUGAUUUCGACAUACCUAAAUAAAUGUUUAUUGUAUCUGUAGAGAAAUAUUACCAAUUUUGUAGAUUGAAAUGAAAACUAUUAACUUGCAUUGAGCAUGGGUGCAGGCUAAGUAUUACGUAUUUUGGAAUGAAGUAAAGCAUGUCUACAGACAGAAUGAAACAUAUCCAAACUAUUGAAGCUUCAAGCAUGUAUUAGCAAGUUAUUUAUUUAUAAACUCGUGGUAAGUUAAAUUAUUAUUUUACGAGCAUUUUUCAACAUUUCAGCAAAACCAUACGGGUCGGGAUACUUCUGCAAGAACUAGAUAAUAAAGUAGAAUAUUAUUACCGAUUGCCAAUAUCGAACAAAUUCAUUUGUAAAUCAAUUAUAUUAUAUCGCUUUUUUCUAACCUAUGGUCGCAGACAGCCAACUCGAAGGAAAUCUAGUUUUUGCAGAAUCCCGACCCAACCGUACCUUGAAGUUGAAAACCGUACUUUUUCAGAAAUUCAACAGUCCUUUUUUGGGAAAUCAUACUGGUAACACUGAUUGUUUGCUUUGUUUUAAACUAAAAAGAAACUUUGAUUUAUCAUCAGUUAUAAUGGGACCUAAGAAAAAAAGUUCAGUUUGGCAGUUCUUUGACAAAAUUGAUGAAAAGAAAGCGAAAUGCAAGCUAUGUCAAAAGGAAAUUAAGUCUGCUGGAAAUACUACGAACUUACUUGGGCAUGUUCGUAAUGUUCAUAAGGCUGCUUAUCUGGAAAUUCAGCCAAAACAAAAUACAUUAAAAGCAGUAAAUACUACUGAAGAAAUAUCGAAUCCUCUAAAUACCAAGGUAACGCCUAACGAUGACAUUGAUGAUGGUUUACUUCAAUCUGAACCGAUUCCUAGUACAAGUGGCAGUGGCAAUAAAAGAUCCUGUGAACCGUUACCGAAAACCGUAAAUGAAACUAUUGAUUUUGACUUGAGAAAACUCCACUAAAUGAGCCUAAAAACUUGUUCAAAAGAAGCGUAUUUUCCAUAUAAUAAAAGCUAAAAAAAUUGGAUUCCAAUCAAAACGGAUGUAUUUCUGCAUUAAAAUGUUGUCUUGGAUUGUUUUAAACAAAACAGGCAUAUUUCUUCGACAAAUAUCAUCUUUUAUUUAUUGUUCUGUUCAAAAGGUCAUAUUUUUUUUCAUACAUAACAACUUUAAUAAAAAUUGAUUCGUUUGACUUAAAAACGGUAUCGAGUAUCGGUAUGAUGGCUGUACGUUGAAUGUUAUUGCCAAUAGCAACACUGUAAAAAAAAAAGUAACUCUGCAUCUCCAAAUAUGACACUGACAGAAUAUAUUAUUUUAACGUUCAAAUUCAAAUUCAAACUUUUAUUUGCAUAAUAUGAGUACAACAAGGUCUUAAAUAUAAUGUAUAACAGAUCUUCAUAUUUACCCUUUCGGGUGUUGCAAACAUUUUUAUGUAUUAGUAGACAUACAAACUUAUACAUAAAGGUACCUACUUAGUAUCACAUUAUAAUUUUAAAUCUAAUUAGAAUUGUUUAAACCUAGUAUUGCACAAUUUAUAUUUAUCUGUUAAUAGGUGCUUAUUUAUUAUUAUUGUAAAUAUUUAUAAUGUUCUAAUGUUUUCAAGUUUACAAUGUAAAACUAUUAUAAUCCUACUACCUACUUAUUUAAAUUAAGGUACUCAUCUAUAGAAUAAAAAUUGUUUUGAAGAAGCAUAGACUUAAUUUUUUUAUUAAAGUGAGUUAAUUUAUUUUCAUUUUUUAUAGAAUUUGGUAGUUUAUUAUAAAUUUUUAUUCCCAUAUGAAAUGGGCUUUGGUGGAGCAUUUUUAUUCUUGCAGGUUGAAUGCAUAAGUUAUUUUUAUUUCUUGUGUGAUAUGUAUGUGUAUCUUUUAUUUGAGUGAAUAAAUGCUUAUUUUUGUGUACAAAUUGACAUAUAUCCUGAAUGUAAAUUGAAGGUAGUGUUAGUAAUUCAAAUUUUUUAUAAUAUGGUUUGCAGCUUUCAGUAUUUUUUAUUUCUGCUAAUAUUCUAACACAUUUUUUCUGUAAUAUAAAUACUUCAUGAGCGCUACUGCUAUUACCCCAUAGCAUUACCCCAUACUUUAGCCAGGAGUAAGCAUACGCAUAGUAAGCCGAUAGUGCAGUUUCAAGAUUUGUGCAAUGUUUUAUUUGACAUAGUGCAUAUAUAAAUUUACUUAAUUUUGCUUUGACAUUUUCUAUGUGACUUUUCCAGUUAAUAUGAGAAUCUAUAUGUAUGCCUAAUAAAUUAAAAGUAUUCACUGUUUCUAUAUCUGUUUUAUUAUAUUGAAUAAGAGAAGUAUCUAAUGGUGCUUUGUUUACAGAUGUAAAUUGCAUUAGCUUUGUCUUUUUGUAAUUUAUUUCCAGGUUAUGAUCACUAAGCCAUUUUUCAGCUAUAUUAAGUUUAUCUAAUACUAUUGAUUUUAUAUCUAUAUUACUAUUAUUAUCAUGUCCAAUCAAAAUUGACAGAUCAUCUGCAAAAAGAAUACUAGUUGUAUUUUCUUUAUCAAAAAUUUUUGGCAGGUCAUUAAUAUAUAUUAUAAAUAGUAUACAUCCUAAUACGCUCCCUUGAGGUAUAGCACAUGUUAAACUUGUUUCAUUAGAUUUUAUUAUUUCUAUUGUAUUAUUGUGGUCAUUGUAAAACGUUAUUUGUACAAUUUGUUUUCUAUUUUGCAAGUAAGAUUGGAACCACUGAUAUGCUCGUCCACGAACCCCAGAUCCAUAUAAUUUGGACAAUAAUAUUUUAUGAGAUACUUUAUCAUAAGCCUUAGUCAUAUCAAGCAAAAGACCAAAGGCAUGUUUCUUCUCGUUAAUAUGUCGUAAGGCGUUUUGAAUAUAAUUGUACACUGCAGUUGUAGUAGAUUUUGUUUUCCGAAAACCGUUUUGCCUGUCAUCGAGAAUUUUAAAUUUUUCUAAAAACGAAUAUAGUCUAUUGCUCAUUGCUUUUUCAAAUACUUUGGAAAAGGUGGAUAAGAGUGCAAUCGGUCUAUAAUUGUUCGGGUUUGUGGGAUCAUCUUUUUUAUGUAUCGGUAUGACUGUUGAUAUUUUAAGAAGAUCUGGAAAUGUACCUUCUUGAAAACUUUGAUUUAUCAAAAGAGUAAGGGGUUGUGUAAGUUCAUCAGCACAAAAUUUCAAAAGUAUUGUUGGUAUUCCAUCGCUACCGAAACUGUGUUUAUUUUUCAAAGAUUUAAUUAUAUUUUUAAUUUCUUUUUCAUCAACUGAAUUUAGGAACAUUGUAGUGGUUGGAGGAUUCAUUACAGGGUAACCUUUGUUACUGCGUUGUGAAGUUUUAGUCUGUCCAAUAGAAGCAAAAUGUUUGUUAAAAGUAUUAGAUAUUUUAUAAGGAUCUUCUGAAAUUUUAUCAUUUAUAUUUAUUUUCAAAUUGGAUUGGAAUUUUUUUGUGGUUCUACCAUAUUUUGUAUUUAUAAUUUUCCACAUUGUUUUGAUUUUAUUAUCA